CUGCGCUAAUCCACUGCAUGAUUGGUACAAGGCUUGCAGUAACACUAUGGCCUGGCUACUUGCUAGUUGUCUAACAUGACUCGCUCACAGGAUGACUGGCUAGUUGGAAGGCUGAUUGGUUCACAAGAUGACUGGCUAUGCUGAUAGGCUGACUGGUUCACAAGAUGACUGGCUGGUUGGUUGCCUGACUGAUACAUGUCGGCUGGUUGGUUCAUUUGUGCGCCCUGGGUAGGAUGAUAACUAGGUGUCUUCCAUGUUUGAUCUGUCAAACAAAACUGCAGUAAAAGUCCAUAACUGAGGGCAUAUUCUGAUGGUAAAAUGAUUUAAGGACCUGAAAUCCUGUUUUUGCUAUAGAACCUUUCUCAAUUUGCUGCAAAUUGUAACACUCAAGGCCCUUACCCACAGAUUGUUCAAGCAGUGUCUCUGCCAUGCCACAGUGCUGUCACACACUCAGUAUUUCCCCUUUACUUUUCAAGCAACAAACACGGAAUCCCCCAGGAGAUAGCCACAAGCUCCAAGAUACAUGUACAUAAAGCAGCACCCACUGUGGUUUACGCAGUAUUCCACAGAUACAGAUUAAAGAUCUCCCUUUCUAUUUUGAUUCACUUAGACUCUUUCCCCUUCCUUAUGAUCCUGCCCAUGUGGCUGGUCUUUCAGUUCUAACGACACAGACGUGUGUUACAACAAGGACAAUCCCUACUCUAACAGCAGGGGUAGGACCGGUCCAAGUACAAUGGGCCAGUGCACUCGUGCAGUCCCUUGUUCAUUCAAGCAUGAAGACAUGAAUUACACAGCAACCCCCAAAACUAUUUAUAGACCAGGCCAGGGGAUGACGUGUCUUUUUUCCCAGUGCCACGUUACUUUCAAAAGCAGACUUUCUGUUUUGCAUCAAACAGACAAACUACUUAAUUUUUCCCCCCAACAGUGUGAGUGAUUGAUUUUCCUGGGACUUCACAAGAGGUGAGGACAUUGCCACAGGUAUUUUGAUGGAAACACCCACGUGUUUCUACACCAUUAUUAAACCAGAAAAGAUUUCAUUUGAUGCUGAGAUUAGCUCAGUAGCAUCUAAAAAUAAAGUGUUCCGGGCAACAUGGCGAGCGCCUUCAGGAAAGCAGACAGUCGCUGCAAAAUGCUGCAGUCGUUUUCAUGAGGAGGAAGUACUGAUUAUGGCAAGGAUGAACCACAAAAAUAUCAUCAAGCUCUUGGGGGUUGUCAAGCCUGCUUCACUGAAGGAGAAUUACAUUAUUGUAACCGAAUAUGCUGAGAGGGGUUCUUUGUACAAUGUCAUUCAACAACACCGUGAGAACUGGCCAGAGUUUAGGCAGAAUUAUUCGAUGAGAUUGGCCCAGGAUGGUGCCAGGGCUCUGCAGUACAUUCAUGACACCAAGUACCAACACGGGGAUGUCAAAUCACCCAACUUCCUUGUCACCAGUGAAGAUGUACUGAAGAUUUGUGACUUUGGCAUAUCCAGGCAAUGUGAAUAUACAAUCAGUACAGUCACUAAUAGAGGGUCCUACCCAUGGAUGGCACCAGAGGCCCUUGGUGAUGUAGGCACUAUAUAUGAUUCUUCUAGUACUAGCUCCAGAAAACCGUGCAAGGUCACAACCAAAUCAGAUGUCUAUUCCUUUGGUGUUGUCAUUUGGGAGCUGAUAUCUGGUAAGGCCCCCUAUCCUGACAAACAGUUAUAUUACAUUUGCAAAGCUGUAGUGGAGAAAGGAGAACGCUUGGAGAUUCCACAUGAUUGCCCUGAACACCAGCAAAUAAGUGAUCUUCUAAAUAAAUGCUGGCAAGCUGACUACGUACAAAGACCCAACAUGCAAGAAGUUCUUGAAAACCUCAUCUGUAUUGAGGACGGAUGGAAAAAAACAUCAGGCAAGCAGGAGGUGGACGGCAAGUGGGAAAUGUGUCAUGAGUUUGGCAAAAAGGGAAGCGGUCCAGGAGAGUUCAAUGGAGCUACGAGUAUUACUGCUACUCAAAUGAGUGACAUUGCUGUGAUAGACUGUUGUAACAAGCAAGUGGUGAUCUCCAGCAACGAGGGACAACACAAGGAGAGCAUUCCCCUACAAUCAUAUCCACUUGACAUCGCAGCCAUCCACAAUCAUGACAAUCAGUUGGUGGUUGUAGAUGACACCAAGUAUGUCAAGGUGUUCGAUAAGAAGAACAAGCUGGCCUUCCAGUUCCCCACAGUGCCACAGAGUGAGGUAGACAAGACGGAAGUGAACCUCCAGAGUGUAGCAGUCAGGAAGGAUGGCACCAUCCUAGUGGGUGAUGUGGAGAGGAUGGUGUGGACGGAGCAUAGACCCACUGAUGGUCAGCUCCUACACACCGUACCAGUGCAGACUCCACCGUACUUCCUGUCUGUUGAUCACUGCACUAAUACAGUUGUGGUCAGUGGAUUGGAAAUUAACAGAGUAAGAGUGUAUGUUGCUGCUGGCAAUGGUGCAACACUGUCUACCAUCAACCCAACUACCGAUACCAAAUGUCAACGAGUCCAGCGCUGCCGUGGUGUUUGCUGUGAUAGGUCAGGCAUUUACAUUACAGUGUGUAAUGCAGCUGAUGGCACUGGUCACAUUCACCACUAUGACCUGGAUGGUGUUUUUCUUGCUUGCCUGGCUCGAGGUCUGCAAUGCCCAUAUGGAAUCACAUUCACAUCAGACAGACAGCUGGCAAUAGCUGACUGGGAAUCAGUCAAGAUGUAUCACAAGUGGCGAACAUCUUCAAAAAAGAAGAAAGUUGCUGCAAAAUGCUGCAGUGUUUUUCACGAGAAAGAAGUACUGAUUAUGGCAAGGAUGAGUCACAGAAAUAUAAUUGAGCUCUUGGGAGUUGUCAAGCCAACUAAUGCAUCUGAAAGUCAUAUCAUUGUAACCGAGUAUGCUGAGAGGGGUUCUUUGUACAAAGUCAUUGAAAAACAUCGUGAAGACUGGCCAGAGUUUAGGCAGAGUCAUUGGAUGAGAUGGGCCCAGGAUGGUGCUAAAGCUCUACAGUACAUUCAUCAGAUGGGGUACCAACACGGGGAUGUCAAAUCACCCAACUUCCUUGUCACCAGUGAUAACAUACUGAAGAUUUGUGACUUUGGCAUAUCCAGGAAAUGUGAAUAUACCAUCAGUACAGUCACUAAUAGAGGGUCCUACCCAUGGAUGGCACCAGAGGCCCUUGGUGAUUUAAGCACUGUAUAUGAUCCUUCUAGCACUAGCUCCAGAAAACCCUGCAAGGUCACAACUAAAUCAGAUGUCUAUUCCUUUGGUGUUGUCAUUUGGGAGCUGAUAUCUGGUAAGGCCCCCUAUCCUGACAAACAGCUGUAUGACAUUUGCAAAGCUGUGGUGGAAAAAGGAGAACGCUUGGAGAUUCCACAUGAUUGCCCAGAAAACCAGCAAAUAACUGAUCUUCUAAAUAAAUGCUGGCAAGCUGAUUACGCACACAGACCCAACAUGCAAGAAGUUCUUGAAAUCCUCAUCUGUAUUGAGGAUGGAUGGAAGAAAACAGCAGGCAGGUUGGAGGUGGAGGUGGGCAAGUGGGAGAUGUGCUGUGAGUUUGGCAAAAAGGGCAGAGGUACAGGAGAGUUCGACGGGGCUCGAAGUAUUGUUGUUACUGGACCUGGUGAAAUUGCUGUGGUAGACUGUUGGAACAACAGAGCGGUGAUCUGCAGCGAUGAGGGACAACACAAGGAAAACAUUCCCCUUCAUUCAUGUACAUAUCCAUGUGACAUUGCAACUAUCCACAAUCAUGACAAUCAGUGGGUGGUUGUAGAUCACACCAAGUACGUCAAGGUGUUCAGUGAGAAAAAGCUGGUCCUCCACUUCCCCACAGUGCCACAGAGUAAGGUUGACAAGAUGGAUGUGAACCUCCAGAGUGUAGCAGUCAGGAAGAAUGGCACCAUCCUCGUGGGUGAUGUCAAGAGGAUGGUGUGGACGGAGCAUAGACCCACUGAUGGUCAGCUCCUACACACCGUAACAGUGCAGACUCCACCGUACUUCCUGGCUGUUGAUGACUACACUAAUACCGGUAGAGUUGUGGUCAGUGGAGGAGAUAAACAGAGAUUUGAUGUUGCCGCUAGCAAUGGUAAAACUCUGGCUCACAUCAAACCAACCAUCCAUGGUUGUCAAGUGCAGCACUGCUGUGGUGCGUGCUAUGGCGACUCAGGCAUUUUCAUCACAGUGAGCAAUGAGCUUGGCACUGGUCACAUUCACCACUACGACCGAAAAGGUGUUUUUCUUGCUUGCCUGGCUCAGGGUCUGUUCUUCCCACAAGGAAUCACAUUCAAAUCGGAUGGACAGCUGGCGGUGGCUGACCAGAAGUCAGUCAAGAUGUAUCAAAAGGUUUGAUGCCAUCCAAAGACCCUGACCGGCAAUCUCCAUCAUCAUCAUCAUCCCAGGAGCAAAUGUUGAUGCUGAAAGUGUACAGCCACAGCAGUACCAACUGACCCACUUUCACUGCACAUAUUCUAAAUCUAACUCCAAAACAUCCAAGCAUCACUAAUCACCCCCUUCCCUUUCUGUAAAGUCCUUCUUGCACCGUUCUCUCAAGUACCACGAUAGAAUAUCAAUGAUAUCUACUACAUUUAAAUCUAUUAUCUGCACUCACUUGUAAACCAGUCCAACGGCAUUAUACCAUAAAUCAUUAAAUGUUUCACACAUGUCGGUAACUUUGAGCAUACUAAGGCAUGUCUGUUGAUGGCAAGUUCACUACAUUGCAAGUUCUCAAAAUUUGCCAAAGACAGGAGAAAAACAAUGACUCGGCUCAGAAGAGUGGUUAAUGUGUAUAAUUUAACGAAUCUCACUGUAGGCCUAUUUAAAAAAACAAAUUGUUUACAAGUUUCAGGAGCACUUUACUGCAUCUGAGAUGUACCAUUCUUAAAAGUUUGUAGACUUUCCUUUGUACAUGUAUAAAUGCACGGUGCAUGUACAUGUAUGCUUGAGUUGCCUGUGUUUCCUUUGGUAUAUUUGCUGACAACCUUCCUAAAUCCUUCCAAAUCCUCCACUACGAGUACACGUCAGCAGGAAACCAUUGCCACAUUCUUGCAACUCUAAACUUUCAAGAAGCAUCCAUUCCAACUAGAAUUAACAGUGGCUAAGUCUGUCAAACCUUCCUGGUGGAGUUUGGGAAGAUUGGGGUUGGUUCGUAGGUGAACAGUUAUUCACUUUUAAGUUUCUUUUUGCUUUUUUCAUUUUCACAUUUGAAGAAAUUGUCAACAUACCGGUACCUUAAAUGUGUUCGGAUGUUUGGCAAAGAUGAGAAACAAUGCUUGAUAUGUUCAUUUUGUUUCUUUCUUAACUUACAUACAUAUGUACAUGUACAAGUCAUAAAUGCUCUUAUAAAUUCUACAUUAAUACUAGAAUUCUUAAAUUUGUACACUUUAUUUCCUUCAGUUUAAAACAUUUUUGAUAGUUUGAAAAAUCUUGUCGUAUUAUGUUGCUCUGUAUAAUUUUGCUUGGUUGAGCUUUUGUAAAUAUUUUUGCUUUCAUGCUUUCACUUGUCCAAAUGUCGUGGUGUUUAUCAGGAGAAGUUUAACUUGCAAAAACUGGAUUUUCUUUGCUCUGGUUUCAGUUUAUAAUUAAAUGUGGUUUGAAAUGAU